AUGGCUCCCCGCGUUUUUCUCAUCACUGGCUGUUCGACUGGCUUUGGAGAAGAACUCGUCAAGGUUGUACUCCAAAAGGGCGACUACGUCGUCGCCACUGCGCGCAACUCUUCCAAGCUCUCAUUUGACGGAGCCAACGACACCAACAGUCUGCUUGUGGAUCUCGAUGUAACGAAAAAGGACUCCAUCGACAAGGCUUUUGACGCAGCCGUGAAGAAAUUCAAGCGCGUCGAUGUUGUCGUUAAUAACGCCGGAUAUGGUCUCAAUGGUCCAUUUGAGACUCUGUCAGACAAGCAGAUCAGGAAGCAGAUGGAUAUCAACUUCUUCGGUCUGGUUGAUGUGACCAGAAAGGCCAUAGAGACUAUGCGUGAAUUGAAGACUGGGGGUGUCAUCCAGCAGAUUACCUCCAUUGGUGGCCAGAUCGGGUUUCCCAACUUGGCUGUUUACUGUGCCAGCAAGUUCGCAGUCGAGGGUUUUACCGAAGGAAUCUCGAAGGAAAUGAAGCCUGAGUGGGGUAUCAAGUUUACAAUCAUCGAGCCAGGCGGCUUCCGAACCGAUUGGUCUGGUCGCAGCAUGGAGUUUGGCGAGAUCCCGAACUCAGCCUAUGCCCAUGUUGACCCCAAGAAGAGUGCUCAAGCACGCCACGAUCCACAAAAGGCUGCCAAGGUCUUCUACGACCUAGCAGUUAUGGAGAAUCCACCGAUUCGAUGCGUGGUCGGAACCGACGCGUAUAGUAUGCUGACCAAGCACCUGGAAACACACAUUGAAAGUGUUAAGACGUUUGAAAAGUUGAGCAACAGCACAGACGUCGAUGGGUACCAGGCCCCCUCUUAG